AUGUUCAACUCAACGCACGAUAUGUCUGCGCCCGUGCACUGCGUGUAUGUUGAUUAUAAUUCCACGCGAGCACGUUAUGCUACCGUUAACGAGUGUAGAUUUUCACGUUUUGCUGGUAUUUUACUUCUUAGCAUAUCGAUUGUGUCAUUUGCCAUUAACAUACAUUCAUUAGCGAAGACUCGGAAAAGUCCUAAUUUUUCUCGUCGAGAUAUGGGAUUAGUGCUUGGCAUGUUUAUAUCAUCGUUAUGUGUUAUUAUUAUCAGCGUUCCGUCGGUGAUUGUUCAAUGUUUUCUAUGUCGUCGACUAUGUAUACGGUCGAUCUGUUUGAUCGAAGGUUUCAAUUCGUUUUUGAACGGUUGCGUGGCGAUGUACAUGUUGGUUGCUCUAUCGAUAAUCCGAUACUCGACAACGGCUAAUUCUUCGAUGCCUGUCGAUUUUCAACGACAUCUCGAACAACGAAAUGUGUAUAUUGUUGGUUUGUGCUUUAUUCUAGGCGGAAUUUGGGCUGUACCGCCAAUAUUUGGUCGUAUGAGUGCCUAUGCUCCUGAAGGACUUGGCUUUCAUUGUGGCCUUGAUUGGUUUGAUCGAUCGUUACCUGGACGCAUCUAUUUCUUCCUUCUAUUCAUUGGUGUGUUUUUCAUUCCAAUUGUCAUUGUUAUCUACGUUAAUAUUUACAUUCAACGAAUCAUUUACCGCUUAACGCACAUGAAGCCAGGUGUAUUACUUGAACUAAAUUUGAAUUCGAAUUCGAACGAAGAAAACGUACGUCGGCAUGUGUCGGAUGUCGUCUAUGAGAAAGAAACUCGUCGGCUACACCGUUUACAUGAAGACCAUCGUUUUGUGGUUGCUACCGGUGUUAGUGUGGUCAUCUACAUUAUUGCCUGGACGCCGUAUAGUGUCGUUGCACUUGCUCAAGUAUUUGGUGAUCAAUUCUCGAUAUACAAUCCAUGGUUAAUGACUACAUGUGCUCUUCUUGCUAAACUCUCCAUGAUUGUCAAUCCAAUUAUUUACACAAUGAUACUGAAAAGUCAUGAUAUGGAAACUAUGGAGCAGUAUACAAAAAGAAAGAAAAUUAAAAUAAGCCAUUGGUGA